AUGACUAUCACAUAUGAUUGUCCCUCCCGAGGGACGACCAAUACAUCAAUGGUCGUUCUAGAGGAACGAUUCCAAGUGAUGAAGGAGGUCGGUGAUGGUAGUUUCGGUAGUGUUGCGGUGGCUCGUGUACGGACAGCAGGCUCUCACAUUGCCCGCCGAGGGACCAUGGUUGCCAUUAAGACUAUGAAGAAGACCUUCGAGUCAUUAGCCCCUUGUCUAGAACUACGCGAGGUUAUCUUCCUCCGUACUCUACCAAACCAUCCCCACCUGGUCCCAGCUCUCGACAUCUUCCUCGACCCUCUCACUCACCGACUGCACAUUUGCAUGGAAUAUAUGGACGGCAACCUCUACCAAUUGAUGAAAUCCCGCGAUCACAAGUACUUCGAAGGCCGACACGUGAAGAGUAUCCUAUAUCAGAUUUUGUCAGGAUUGGACCAUAUCCAUGCCCAUCACUUCUUCCACCGUGACAUCAAGCCAGAGAACAUUCUGGUAUCGACUUCUGCCCCUAACGACUCUGCCUUUAGUCGCUAUUCUAACAUGGUCACCCCUCCUUCAACCCCUCCAACAUACACAGUGAAGAUCGCCGACUUUGGUCUCGCCCGAGAGACACAUUCCAAGUCGCCCUACACUACUUACGUUUCAACCCGUUGGUACCGAGCACCAGAGGUCCUUCUGCGUGCCGGAGAGUACUCAGCCCCGGUUGACAUGUGGGCUGUUGGUGCUAUGGCCGUGGAGAUUGCCACCCUAAAGCCCCUAUUCCCCGGAGGCAACGAAGUUGAUCAGGUUUGGCGUGUUUGCGAGAUUAUGGGUAGUCCUGGAAACUGGUACAGCAAAUCUGGUGCCAGGAUUGGCGGUGGUGAAUGGCGUGAUGGAUCUCGCUUGGCCCACAAGCUGGGCUUCACCUUCCCCAAGAUGGCACCACACUCAAUGGAUUCCGUUCUCAGACAGCCUCAAUGGCCGGCCGCUCUGAGCGAGUUCGUGACGUGGUGUCUGAUGUGGGAUCCCAAGAACCGACCAACAUCAACCCAAGCUUUGAACCACGAAUACUUUGCUGACGCUCUGGAUCCCAUGCGUCCCAAGUCCUCGACUUCCUCGAGACUGCUUGGUCGCAAGCUCUCCGAUCGUAGCUUCAAGACCAACACUCUUUCCCCCAUUGACUCUCCCACACUGUCGACGAAGUCUUCUUGGUUCCGCAGAUCCCUUAUUGGACGCAGCGACAGCCCCGCCCCUACCAUUGAUAGCGACAUCUCCACCUCCACUAGACAGCCCCCAGUCAUCUCAUACAACAAUGUUCCCGAGAAUCAGCAGGCCAAGGCUCGGCCAGCCCACACGAAGCGGGCCACCUGGGCUAGCGGUGCCCCUAUGCCAAUUCUCCCUUCUAUCCGCCCUGUCUCUCCUCUCUCAAACUCUGUCACUGCUCAAGCAAAUGCCAUUGUAGCACACAUCGACUCAUCAAGGCUCUCUGAAUCUGAUGCCGCCAAGGCCAGCAAGAAGAUCGGCCGUCAACUCUCCGUGAACUCAAAUGGAAACCACUAUCAAGAUGUCCACCGGACUGAGGCCGAGCGGAUCCUCAAUGGCUCUGGAAACUUGACUCCCACCUCCAAGGAAAGCUUUUUCUCGCACCUUCGCAAGCGCGCUCGCAGACUGUCAGGACGCAACCAGGCCCAUACAUCAUCCGAUGACGUUGAAGCCAACGCUGGAUGCAUCCCCUGGUCCAACCGGUCCUCGGUGGCUCUCGAUGGGGCCAGCUUAGAGCCCAAGCCUCAAGCCGAUUUGAAUGAGCUUGACAAAGCUCUCUCGAGUGUCAAAUACACGCUGGACUCGUCGACUCUUAGCAACGUUCCCGUGAACCUGAACUCUGCUGAUAGCCAUGCCACAAAGCGGCAAUCAAUGCCCCAGGGUCCUAUCUCUAGCCGUACUCGACGCUCCAACCAGAUAACUAGUCAUCCAAUCCACCGCUACGAGACACCCGAGGAGGAAGACGAGCUCCUUGAUGAAGAGUUGAAUUCUGCUAACAAGGCUGCGAAACGUCUGGCAUUGGCACAGUCACUCGCUGCUCAAUCUCCCAUCACGAGCCAUGACCACUCGCGUGCCAUGCCAAGCCCGUAUCCUACUCCUUCCCCAACGGGCAAGGACGGAUACUUUGAGACACCUGUCAAGCACAACGGUUCCAAGGACGCGCACUCCCACUCAAACCGUCAAUGGCUGACCCCUCCAUACGAAGAGUCUGAAAGGAAGUCUAACAAGACUUCCCCUCAAUACUACACACCCGGAUCCAACUUCAUCUAA